CCAAGACAGUUGGGCUUGAAAUAAAUGGAUUUUCAAAAAAUCUAACAAACUAAUAAAUUUGAACUAAGAAUUUGAUUGUAUGUAAUCUUCUUUAAAAUAGACGGUUAUCUAUUUGAUGUUUUCUGGCAUUGUUGUCGCGAGUUCUAUAAAAACUAAUUUGAAACACCUUCACUCUGUUAUUACUGAAUUACGCGUAAAUCAAGUGUGAAUAAUAAAUAAAAUUUAUCAGAUCACUUUUAUGACUCAAUUAUGAUCAACAUAACUAAACUCAGAACCAGAAUCUCAUACUAACAUCUCGCUAUUUUGUAGAAACUAAGUAAGUUUUUAUAGUAUGUUUAGACUCUGAUGAGUAUUAAUAAUUUUAAAUUUUAACAUCUCUAUAUAACGACUAAACAUGUCAUUUUUUAUUGUAACUGACAUUUAUAAGGUUUAUACAGAAGCUGUUUCAUAAUGGUCUAGAAGUGGGACGUAGACUGGUAAUUGGAAUAGUAAUGCUUAUGACUAUUGCAACUGUGCACUCACGAACUUAACAGUGGACCUCGAGAGAUUAUUGUUGGUUUUAUUAAAUAGCUGCGUACGUUUUGUAUUGAAAAUUAAGAGAGAUGAGCAUAUAUCGCGGCAUCAACAUCAAUUGGGAUGGCUAACACCUCAUAGUCGCAGGCUACAGCUUAUCUCAUGCGAAUUUUAUAAAGCUUUAUGUCUUAUGCGACCAGGUCUUUUUGGGCACGAAUUAGUCCUUAGGUCCAACAUUGCAUCUCGUCGAAAUUUCAACAAGACGGAUACUCUUCUAAUUCCAUUUGCUCGAACAACAACUUACCAGAAGUCAUUUUUAACUACGGGCUGUAAUUUUUGGAACUCGCUUCCAAUCGAAAUUACGACAUCAGUAACUUUAAAUGAAUUUCGAAGUAAAUGCUAUUUGUAUUUAAUGAAUCUAGAUAAUCAGUAGAGCUUUAAUAGAUUAAACUAUUGUAUGUGUUAAAGUGAGUGAGUAAGCGUCUAAAUUAUAUUGUAUUUUGUUGUAAUUGUUAUCGCUAAUAAUAAUAACAAAAUAAUAUGUAUUUUGAUAUUUGAUCACAAGGAGCAGCAGCUCCAUGAUUGUAAAUAAAUAAACUUAACUAAACUACAUACUUUUGUAUACAAAUUAUGUGCUCAAUGUAUUCUGAAAUUCGUGCCCAAAAAUUUCUAAUAGAAUUUAGCAAGGUUUUAAAUUUCGACUCGGGGCUUUCCUUCACAUUAACUUUCGUUUGAAAAGCUGAUGUUAUAAUCAAAAAACAUAAAAACAUGAUGAAAAUAAUUGACGUGUAUUUACAAAUGAUUAAUAUUAUUUAUUAAUUAUUCGAAAUAAGACGUAAUAUAUCACUGUUAUUUAUUUAUUAAUUUAUUCGACCUUGACUUAAUAAGUGGAAGUUGUUUUUCGGCCAUCACAAAAACUUGAAAAAAUAAAGUUAUACUAAACAAGAUUAAAAAUAAUAAUUUAUCGUUCACAUUUCUUAUAAAUAUGAGAAAAGCUUUUUCUUACAAAAUUAUUAAUAAAAAUAUUUAUAUUUUAAUCUUAUCUCAUAUUUUUGUUUUGCGUGAUAUAUACAGGUGUGGCCAUUAAUACCUGGUACAUUUAAUUUUUAAACAGUCCUGCUGGUAUAUAUACCAGACAUUAAUAACGACAUCUCUAUACAAGCUGCCGCAAAAUAGUCUAUAGCAAAAUGCUGCACGGUGUUAUUUAUUUUUGCAUAAUUGCUGGAGCUUUUGGUGAAUAUGUGAGAAAUGGUCCUUGCCCUGAGGUGAAUGCUGAGGAACCACUUGAUAUGGACAGAAUGAGUGGAUUAUGGAUCAGGUAUGGAGAGGGCGAUUAUUAUUCGGACAAAGCACAAAAGUGUGGGCAACAAUUUUGGUCUUCACCUAACGAUGAGGGUGUAUCAACAAUUGUUUCUACUAGCGUUUCGACUAAAACCAACGAGAUGUUGAAAAUUAUAGGCGAGGUAUCUUUGAUUACCAAUAAUAAGGUAAGUUUCGAUCACCAUGUACCAAUUUUGGGAUUGACCCAUCGAGAAUGCAAUUAUAUUGGCGUUGAUUAUGACAAGUACAUAGUAGCUUGGACCUGUGUGAAUAAUGGAACUACGCAUACUGAAACCCCGAUGAUAUUUACACGCGAGAAAAACCCAACUUUUGAUGUUUUGAAAGUAGCGAGAGAAGUAUACGCUCGCAAUGGUCUUGAAUUCACGAAUGUAAUCAGAGAUAACCAAGAUUGCUUUUAAAUUAUUGUUAUUUAGUAAUUUUGU